UGCUUUACCAGCUACUUCCUAAAUACUGAUGGCCACCGUGUUUACAUCCAAAUUAGUUGAGAUAAAAUAAUAUCCAUCUGUCAAGGUAGCUAGAUGACAUUUUAUCGACAUAGCUCAUCCUUUUAGCUUGAUUUCCUUAUGCAGUUUGUAAGUUGCUGAAUGUUGUCCGCUCGCAAAUCUCGUUUUACACGCAGCAGCACUAAUUUGAGCUAGACAGUUAACUAACGUUGGCUAGCAUUAGCAGGCUACUGCACUGUAGCUAGCCAGGUAUUUGUGCCUUGAUUGGCGCAUUAUAUUUCACUUUAGUAUUUGGUGGCAGUAAGUCAGCUAGCUAGUAUCGAUUACGGACAGGUAAUGUUAGCUUGCUUGCCUCAAACAACAGGCAAAUAGCUAGUCAUACAACAGCUAGCUAACUUGACUUGCUAACGUGGCAAGCCACACAGCUGAAUAUUUCCACAAUGUGAGUUGUCUAAUUGCCUUGCGCAUCAUCAGCAAGUGUUUAUUUUUUGUAUAUGUAUAUAUUUUUACAAUUCGAAGAUGUACACCUUAUUAUCUGGGCUGUACAAAUACGCGUUCCAGAAGGACGAAUACUGCAUCUUGAUCCUAGGACUUGACAAUGCAGGAAAAACCACCUUUUUGGAACAGACCAAGACCAAGUUCAGUAAGAACUACAAGGGAAUGAAUUUGUCCAAGAUCACCACUACAGUUGGACUUAACAUCGGCACAAUUGAUGUGGGCAAAGCUCGUCUAAUGUUCUGGGACCUUGGUGGUCAAGAGGAACUUCAGUCGCUAUGGGACAAAUACUACGCCGAGUCCCACGGUGUAAUCUAUGUUAUAGACUCCACCGAUGAGGAGCGACUAGCAGAAUCAAAAGAGGCAUUUGAGAAAAUGAUCAGCAGUGAGGUGUUGGAAGGUGUGCCUCUCCUGGUGCUCGCCAACAAGCAGGAUGUGGAGAACUGUAUGUCUGUGCCGGACAUCAAAACCGCUUUCAGCGACUGCGCUCCAAAGAUCGGUAAACGAGAUUGCCUGGUGCAGCCUUGCACAGCCCUAACAGGGCAGGGGGUUAACGAAGGCAUCGAGUGGAUGGUGAAGUGCGUCAUCAGAAACAUUCACCGGCCACCGAGACUGAAGGACAUCACAUAGAGCAAGCCAUGGCUUCCCCACUAGGGCUCCUGAAACCGGGUCCUAUUCAUUAGGCACCAAAUGGUAGAAAACGUACUGAAACAAGAAGGGACUACUUAGACUGCCAGUCCAAUAAAAAUCAUUUUCAGUUGAAAUAUGCUUUAAAAGAUUUUUCUACGUUCUGCCCUGUUGAAUACGACCCAGACGCCUGUUUUGCUACAGUGUGACUUUCAGAAACCGAGAUGGAUUCUAUCCAUGCCCUGGCAAUGAACUUCUCUCUCUAACUCUCUCAUCCUAUUUGAGUGGGUGCUGUGAACUCAAGUCUAUUUUUCAGAUACAGCUUAGCAUCAGGGGUAAACAAUUGGGAAACUAUUGAUUAUUGUAUGUUAUUUGGAUAUGUACUCUGAUUUGGGUGAAAUGCUUUUUGAGGCAUUCUGAUCUAAGCAUAACAGUGUCAAGUCGAUAAAGUUUUUAUAUGGCUCAAGUACCUCCGUUUCCCUUCGGUAGUAUAAUCCGUCUUCAUAAAGCGUCCCAGAGUAGGGUGCUGAUCUAGUAUCAACUUUUCCUUUUAGAUCAUAUGACUCAAAUUGAUAUGGAUUAUUUUACUUUUGUUAUUUAUAUUAUGCAAAUAUGCUACAUGUAAUGGAAUUGUACAGAAGGUCAACGAUAUAAAUGACUUCCCUUUCAUUGACAGGACCUGUUUAAAUACUAGUUUUAUAGUUUGAAAUUGCGUGUGUGUGUGUGUGUGUGUGUGUAUAGUCGAGUCCCAAAUGGAACACUAUUCCCUAUUUAGGGAAUAGUUGUGUCCCCAGCGGCAUCCUCCCUCUUUUUACUCUGUCUAACCUGGUGACGUAUGCAAAGUAUCUCCAAUGAUCAGGCUGAAAGCCUAUUUGAAUGACAUUACGAAGAUGUAAUAAACAGUUGACACUUUU